AAGUUGAUCGUUGCAUAGUGCAACGGCGUUAUAAAAGUGACACCACUGAGUUCCCAAGUCAAAUUAACACGGCGUUGUUGUGUUAAAUAUUCUGCCUUCAUUCUCUCUAUUCGUUUAUUAAGAUCAUCACUGAGGAGAGAGAAGAUGGGUACCCUUCUUCCAGAUGAAAAACAAGAGAAUCCAAAUGGUUUGGAACAACUUCAAAACCAAAAGGAUGUUGAUGCAGGUGCUCUCUUUGUCCUCAAAUCCAAAGGUUCUUGGGUGCAUUGUGGGUACCACUUGACAACGUCGAUCGUGGCACCAGCUCUCUUGAGUCUUCCUUAUGCAUUCACGUUCCUUGGAUGGACAAGUGGGAUCUUAUGCUUGGUGAUAGGAGCAUUUGUGACUUUCUAUUCCUACAAUUUAAUAUCUAGGGUUCUCGAACACCAUGCUCAGAUGGGUAAGCGUCAGCUACGGUUUAGGGACAUGGCUCGCGAUAUUUUAGGCCCACGAUGGGGUCGUUAUUUUGUCGGCCCAACUCAGUUCGCAGUUUGUUAUGGUGCUGUUGUAGCUAGUACUCUCCUGGGAGGACAAUGCAUGAAGGCAAUUUACUUGCUGUCAAAUCCAAAUGGGACCAUGAAGCUUUACGAGUUUGUAAUCAUAUUUGGAUGCUUCAUGUUGUUUUUGGCUCAAAUCCCAUCUUUCCACUCGUUAAGGCACAUUAAUCUAGUUUCCUUGCUUCUGUGCUUAGCCUAUAGUGCUGCUGCUACUGCUGGUUCCAUAUACAUUGGAGAAUCAUCAAAAGGACCAGAGAAGGAUUAUUCUGUGAAAGGUGAUUCAGUGAAUCGCUUAUUUGGAAUUUUCAAUGCAAUUGCUAUCAUAGCCACGACUUAUGGAAACGGAAUCAUUCCAGAAAUUCAGGCAACAAUAGCACCACCUGUAAAAGGGAAGAUGUUAAAGGGACUAUGUGUUUGUUAUGUUGUACUUAUAGCCACUUUCUUUAGCGUAUCUAUAUCUGGUUAUUGGGCAUUUGGAAACGAAUCUGAAGGCUUCAUCUUAAGCAACUUUGUGGACAAUGGGAAGCCCCUAGUACCCAAGUGGUUUAUUUAUAUGACCAAUAUUUUCACUAUAACACAAUUAUCCGCUGUUGGUGUGGUUUAUUUGCAACCAACAAAUGAAGUGCUGGAGCAAACAUUUGGAGAUCCAAAAAGUCCUGAGUUCUCUAAACGCAAUGUAAUCCCAAGAGUGAUUACUAGGUCAUUAGCUAUUACUAUUUCAACCACUAUAGCAGCCAUGCUUCCAUUUUUUGGAGACAUAAACUCUCUUAUAGGAGCUUUUGGCUUUAUCCCACUUGACUUCAUCUUACCGGUAAUUUUCUAUAAUUUUACAUUUAAGCCAUCAAAGCGAAGCCCUAUUUUCUGGUUGAAUGUAACUAUUGCUGUGACUUUCUCCGCAUUGGGAGCUAUAGCAGCCGUAGCAUCAGUUAGACAGAUAAUUCUUGAUGCAAAAAAUUAUCAAUUAUUUGCUAAUGUAUGAUCACAUUGGACCAUCUAAUGAAGUUUGGUUGUUUUAUAUAUCA